AUUGAUCCUAUAAUGAGGCUCAUCAUUGAUUUUGCAUUCAAGGUAUCCUCAUGAUCGCAAGAGGCGCCCCUAUUGGCGCCGUAUGUCUUCCAUGUCGACUGCGACUCCUGCGUCAAUUAGCACCAGUUCCUGUCCGCUACGCAGCAAACUAUUCUACUGGCGCUGCCGCUGCCGAUGCCGAUGCCAGUGCCAAUGCUGAUAGUAAUGCCAGCCGCGCCAAUGAUCAAAUCGACAGCAACGAUGCCGCUGAGCACGAUCAUCGGGUCUAUAAGGACAGGCCACAAGGCGCCAGACGGUCAGGAAGAUGGAAGCACCUUAGCGUCCGCAAACAAUAUAGAUCCAACAAUCGAGUUAUGACUGAAGUCGUCAGGAGUUUGAACUCCAGUAUGCUAGGCAAGCCUGCACAUGUCAUUGUCAUGAGGGAUGGGGGAAGACUAAGGAAGAAGUUAUCCGAAUUGGAACAUUUCGAGCUCGAAAGUGAAACCGAAGCCCCGAGCAUUGAAGAGCUUCUUGACGGCCAGCGCGAAUCCCCGUCCACGCUUGAGGUUCGAUCCAGCAUCCAUAGAUUGCGGCCUGAAACCGACACGGUUUUGCCAAAAAAGAAGUUCGAGAAGCUUCAGGGUCUCUUGACUUCGGGAUAUCUGAGCACUCAACUUCAAGAUUACAUAUUAUGGCGCCGAACCAAGGGGGAAGAUGAUUCGCUAUCGAUGGCCCCGGACACUCCAUCCGAACCUGAAUUUCCCUGGAUGAUAAACAGAACAGCUUGGAUGCCCUUGGGGCUUAAAUCCAGCACGACCAACGAAACUCAGGGGUAUGUGUCAGAGGCAACGACCCCCAAACAAAAGCUAGCUAUCCGCUUGAUGCGUGAGUGUUGGCAUUUAUCAAUAGCCGAGCUAGAGACUCAACUAGGCGAAACCUGGAUUGAGCUGAAUGACGACGAAUUCACUGUCCUCAUGCGAGGAACACAGCGGUUUAUGAACACUUUGGGCAAAAUCUGGCUCGACCCUGGCGAACAGAUUGAAGCUUUCCGACGUGAGAAGAUGCUCCGGCUCGUCACUACAAAACACAAGACAGAUACAGUGAUCAGGGACCUUAAUGAGACACUUCAGUGCGUAAAAACCAAGACAUUCCCCGUCGUCCUCCUCGGCUCGGGAAUGCCAGACGACACAAUUCUAGAACAAGUCGGUAAAAUCACGAACAGUCGCGUUCAAAAAACUCAUUCUUUGAGAAGGCUUCAUGUUGCCUGGCUUGAUGUCAAGUCCAGAGCCGCUCGUGGACUCACCGCCGUAGAAGAUAUUUCUCAUAUUGUCUUCCGUCUUCUACUUACUGCUUCGGGAUCACAACAAGUGACCUCUACUUUACUUUCGCAUCCACCAUCCAACUUGGAUCGCGGUCGACUAAUCGUGGAUGUUACAAGUAAAGAUAAACUCGGGUGGAAAGAUAGACUAAGCCAAUGGGCACGUUAUGCGCAGCCACUAAGUCCAGGGGAAACUGUAACAAACACGGCAUUGCCAAUCAAGAAAUUUGAACUUCCGUUCCAGCCUCUAGUAAGAGAUGAAGGUCUGAAUGAGAACGUCCAGUUUCUACCAGCCAGCGGAUUUCCCAAUCAUCCCGUUGUGUGGUCCAACAAUGGCAGGACCUCAACGACGGCUCACUUUGGCCAUAUACUGCAUCCAUAUCAACCCUCGGACCCAACACCACACCUUUCAGACCUCCUAGCCAGUACCGAAAGACGUGUCUUUUCCCCAUUAACGCCCCACCCUCUCGUCCUUUCAAGGUUCGAAUCGAACGAUUCAGGCACUGGACCUGUAGUUACUACGAAAUCCACAGUUGUCCUCCGCUUCUGGCCGUCCCCAAGCUCAGCCCCGGCCUCAAGACCAGGCUCAUCAAGGCCAGCGCCCAAACACGCCGGGGAUACCCCUCCAGCCCCCAUCCUCGAGCUCCGACUCGUCGCCUCCGAUAACGACCAGAUCCUCGGCGUCGAGAGCUUACGGGCCAUCACCCGCGCCCAUAACACGGACGUGAUGCUCCCGUCGUCGCCCGUCGACGUCCGUUUCACGCAGACGCAGUUCGAGACACUCGAGGCGCCCGAUCACCACACGCUCGCCGCCUGGCAGCCUCUCCGCGACUUCCUCAGUGCUGCCCGUCUUGAUCUCGCAGACGGCAAGCUCGAAAUGCCGCCCCGGCAAAAAUUCACAAUUCCCAAACGCCUCUUACUCCCCAGCACCACUACCCCUCCUCCAUCCUCUCAAGAAACAUCUGAAGAAACAUCUGAAGAAACCUCCGAAGAAGCACCAGAAUCCCAAAACAAACAAGAAAGCGAUGACAAUCAACUCAUAAGCAUAACCUACGAAUUCGUCGGUCUCGAACUCCACCGCUCCGCAAGUCUCCCCUGCGAAGGUGAAGGUGGCCACCGACUAUGCUAUACCUCGAUAGAAGGGGGUCAAGGCGGCGGUCGUCGCGCCGAGGUCACCCUCGAACCAUCACCAUCACCAACCAGAGAAGAAGCGAACUUCCUAGCAUCUUGUUCUCGACUCGCCACAGAUCGCUCUCUAUGGUUCGGUCAAAAUGAAUAUAAAUAAAAUGAUCAGCAUAUACGGGAUAUGUAGCAAACAAUCAGGUUAGCUAGCUAGCUCGAAAUCUGGUUAAAUGUAGUGGUCUAUAUAUAUACCGCCAACUCUAGAGGAAGUCAAAAUGUACAUGUAAUUGUAAAUAUGUAUUACUACUGGUAAAUAGAGGCAUCGCAUUACAUAAAAUAGAUGAAAUGUCAUGUUAGACAAAUAUAUGACCAU